AUGAUGUCAGAUUUUCCUCCAGAUUUGGUGGAGGAAAUACUCUCUAGGGUUCCAGCCACUUCUCUAAAACGACUACGAUCAAGUUGUAAAUGAUGGAACAGUUUAUUCAAAGACCACAGAUUCGCAGAGAAACACUUUCAUAAAGCUCCAAGGGAGUCUCAUGUUAUCAUGCUGAAUGAGUUUAUGUUUUGUCCAGAUAGACUCGUGGUUUGGAAUCCGUGUUUAGGGGAAACCAGGUGGAUCCAAUGUGAACAUGGUUAUGUUCUUGAUGACGUUACUCUUGACCAAUAUUGCGGCAGGAAUGUUAUAUCAGUUGUUGGAGAAGAAAAACUUGCAGUCUUACUUCUAAGCAAUCUUACAGAAAGUAUGGACAUAUGGGUGACAAAUAAAAUUGAUACUGAUACAGCGUUGAAGUGGAGCAAAUCCUUUACACUGGACCUCAGUGACUGGUUUUGUCUUCCCAUAAGUUUUUUGCUCGACGAGGAAAAGAAAAUGGCCUUGUUUUAUAGUAAGUCCAGGGAGCUCACGGUAUAUGAGUUCCUAGUUGUGCGGUUGUUUCUCAUGAUGCUGUACGCUGUUCUGAGUUUAGUUGUCUUCCUCGUAGUUGGCUUGCCGUUGAUAGUCCCGGCUAGUCUUGGUUUUCAAGAUCUGUUUUCAUCGCUGGUUGUGUCUCUGGUGGCUCUCCAUUUCACAUAUAUGCCACUCAAGGUGUGUGGAGUUAGUCUUUUGGUGCUUUGGUCUCUUCUAUUCAGAGCUUUGUGGUUCUUCGUUGGCAUGGGCUCCUUGUAUGUGGUUGUUUUGUUUGUGAGGUGA